AUGGCGGCACACGGAGGCGGAGGGUUUGGCGGUCAAGGGGGAGGGAGAGGCUGGGGCUUCGCGCAAGGUUUCCACCCUGGCUUCGACGGCGGCCGCGGCCGUGGCCGUGAUCAGCGCGGUCACAACGGUGGCGGAUUCGGAGGAGGGUACGGAGGCGGAUAUGGCGGCGGAGGCUAUGGUGGUAACAGUCACGGUGGAUACGGAGGCAACCGGAACCGCCGCGGUUGGCAGGGUGGGCGCCGCUUCGCGCCGGCUGCUGGCCACGCGGCCAGUCAGUUCCACGCCGGAGGUGGCGUUCCUGGACACCAGGCCGGUGGCCAGGCGGUGGUCGGCCAACUGCAGCAGCAGGCCGCUGCUGGUCAGUUCCAGCUGGCUGGCUUCCAGACAGCGGGGCUAGCUGACCAACAGCCCGCCCAGGCGCCCUUCCAGGCACCUCUGGCUGGCCAGCAGCCUACCCAGCCGGCUGCGGCUGGCAACCAGACCAGGGAGGCUGGGGCUGUGCUCUUCCAGCAGGUCAGCCAAAGCCAGAAGGCCCAGGUGGCUGCACCGGCCAACGGUGGCGGCCUCGGUACGUCUCAGGCCGGGACGUCGGCGCUGCUGGCCUCCAGCCAAGCAGCACCGGCGGCUGCUCCAGCUGGCUCCACAAGAGGGGCCAUCAUUGGAGGAUCGGCACAGGAUCCCGCGGCGACACAUCUGGAAGGCUUCAUGGCAACCAAGCCCGAACCUGCACAAGCCGGAAAGCAGAAGAGCAAGGUAGAGGGCAUGGGCUUUUACUAUAUCCCUAUGAAUGACAACCCAAAGAGUAAUGUGGAGGAGCACACGGUCUUGGGUCCAAUGGACACCAAGACAAUUAAGGGAAAGAUCCGCUUCGAGAAAGGUGUCGAGAAUGAUGUGAACAGAUAUGAGAUUGACAAAGUUUGGGUUCAGUUUCGGGGUCCAGACUGA